UAAAAGUCUACACUCGAGUUGGGCGACGUUAAUUAUUGUUUCAACUCCCCUUAAAUAUUCUGUACUACGCCCCUGCGUUAAUACCAAAAGUCAUAAAGAGAUAGAGAGGCAACGGGCACACUAGCACGCUCUUGUAUUAUUUUCCUCGAUGAGAUUCUGACUUUAUUUUCCGUAAAUUGCAAAUACAAAUUCUGUCACGAUGUCGCGCCACCGGAUAGUGCGCACGAUGGACUACAACGACGAGUACGAUGGCUACGACGACGUCUACGGCCACUCGGUGGAGGAUGAGCACUGCAUUUCCCCCACGGAUGCCCAGCAGUGGCUCUACGAUCGAGCCCGUGGCCAACAAAGCAUCUCGGCGUUCCUGAGCAAGAACAAGAACAUCGAGGAGGAGGACCCCGACGAGGAGGACGAGGACGCUUCUUUUGAAAAGGCGCGGCGCGACUCUGAAAGCUUCCAGAUGCCGCAGCUGGACGAGAUCGAGCAGGCCAAGCUGAGUUCCUGCGUGGAUGAGGUGCGCAGCGUAGUGGGGGAUGCUGUAUCCGAGCGCCGGAUAGUGGAGACGUCCAUGAAGUUUGACUACGACAUGCAGAAGAUCCUAGAUGAGAUUCUCAAUGAAGAAACCAAGAAGAAGCCGACUAAAAAGACACCAUCCACUCCCGUGCUACCUGUAAGUGCGGCCAAAUCUUCCAGCAAAUCGGCCCCCACGCCACCACCGAAAAUCAAUCUGAAGGAGCCUAGGCGGGGCUUUGAAAUUGCCUCUCCGAAAGUGCCCUCUUCGCCUGUGGUGUCUGGAAGGAAUACUCCGGUGGACGGAGACGACAUUUCCCGAACUCCUGCCAGUCUUUUCAAGGUCUCCAAGGAGCAAGCCCAACGAAACGCCCGCCAGCUUUACGAGAAGGAGCGGUCCGACCAGAAAAGCCACAUACACAUGAUCGUCAUCGGCCACGUGGAUGCUGGAAAGAGCACGCUGAUGGGCCAUCUCCUCUUCGACACUGGCAAUGUUUCCCAGCGCGUGAUGCACAAACACGAGCAGGAGUCCAAGAAGCUGGGCAAGCAGAGCUUCAUGUACGCCUGGGUUCUGGACGAGACGGGCGAGGAGAGGGCUCGAGGAAUCACGAUGGACGUGGGCCAGUCCCGAAUCGAAACAACUUCUAAGAUUGUGACCCUAUUGGACGCGCCUGGACACAAGGACUUUAUACCGAACAUGAUCUCCGGCGCAACGCAGGCGGAUGUGGCUCUCCUCGUCGUAGACGCCACGCGAGGUGAAUUUGAAUCGGGCUUCGAGCUCGGUGGGCAGACGAGAGAACAUGCUAUUUUGGUGCGAUCGUUGGGCGUCAACCAGCUGGGCGUAGUGAUCAACAAACUGGACACCGUGGGCUGGUCGCAAGAGCGCUUCACGGAGAUCGUCGCCAAGCUGAAAUCUUUCCUCAAGCAAGCUGGCUUUAAAGAAUCGGACGUGACUUUUACUCCAUGCUCAGGACUCACUGGAGAGAAUCUUACCAAGAAGGCUCAGGAAUCUGCCCUGACCAGCUGGUACAAUGGCCCACACCUACUGGAUGUUAUUGACAAUUUCAAGAUCCCCGAGCGUGCCAUUGAUAGACCACUGCGCAUGUCCGUCUCCGAUAUCUACAAGGGCACCGGAUCAGGAUUCUGCAUUUCUGGAAGGGUGGAAACUGGAGUACUUUGCCUGAACGAUAGAGUUUUGGUGGGAGCCAGCCGGGAGCAGGCUCAAGUAAAAUCCAUCACUAUGGACGAGUUUCCCCAUACGAGUGUGUUUGCGGGCGAUCAGGUUUCUGUGACUCUCGCCGGAGUGGACAUCAACAACGUCACCGUAGGCUGUAUCAUCUGUGAUCCACAAACACCUAUCCCUGUGACUCUUCGCUUCCAAGCCCGCAUCAUCGUUUUUAAUGUCAAGGUGCCGAUCACGAUGGGAUUCCCCGUGCUUCUGCACCACCAGUCCCUGAUAGAACCUGCUGUGGUGUGCAAACUGGCCGCUUUGAUUCACAAGAGCACGGGCGAGGUGGUGAAGAAGAAGCCGCGCGUUCUGGGAAACAACUCAUGCGCGUUGGUAGAACUGGAAACGACCCGGCCAAUCUGCAUCGAGCGCUAUGCUGACUUUAAGGAAUUGGGACGAAUCAUGCUGCGUGUGGCCGGCGUUACCAUCGCCGCUGGAAUGGUUACCAAGAUCCGUUAAGGUGCCAACCCGCUGAAGUUUUGUACGAAAUUUUAGUUAGUCUUUCACUCUGUUGUUUUGCUAAAUAUAGUUAUAUGAAUUGAUAAAAUCAAAGAAUUCCUGAACUCGAAUUUGAAUUAUCCACGUCUGGCGCCUGUUAGCUUUUUAGGGAUCUUGUGAUGGUCACACUCGUGCUAUCGAAAUUUUGGUAUUUUUUCCGCUCCUCUUUGGAAUUUGGUGUGGCCGUUUUAUGGUAUUUUGCAGCAAGCAAAAAAGUUGUCUAUUCGGCUGUGGGCGAAAAAAAUUGUCUAUUUGCCCCGGAAUCACGGAAUUAUCGCCGUUAUCAAUCAAAAGUACAGCGAAUCGCGAGCGGCGACAGGUGAGGGCCACAAAAAACAGCGCGCAACGGAUAUCGCAGCGAGUGGAAACGGAAAACAAAGGCAAGUGCAGCGCGUUUCCCACGGCCGCCUGGCAACUCUAUAAAUGAAUCAUAAGAGGGGCUGAUAGAGCGAGAAAAAGAAAAGAACAAAAAGAGGGAGUGCAUACCAGCAUACCAAAAGCGCAAGCCAAAAAAAGAACUAUAAGACCCAAAUUACAGUGUACAAACUAUACAGUGAACCUACUUUCUUCUUACAUCCACAGUGAGCCCUCGGUGCAAUCGAAGAGAGAUUUCAUUUAUCGCCGAAAGCAACAAUUGAACGCACGCACCUCGAAAGAGCGAGGGAGAGUCUCACGCUCUCACACCUACACACAAACACGCAACACAGCACACACACACACACACACACACACCACACACACACG